AGGUAUCUCAUUUUUGCAGGUGCCCAUUGGUAUCAAAAGUAUUUGUAUACACUUUUCGGAAGGUGGAUAACUCCAGAUAAAUGCAGUCUAAGGCCAGAACAAUUUUGCAAGUUGUCCAUCAGCUGUGACACGUGAGAGCACCUGUGUGUUUCUUAUACUCGCACCGUUCUUAAGCCUCCCGGGUCUGGGGCCAUCCAUCCAACGCUGACCGGUAGCCCCGACUUUCCUGAGGGUGCUCCUGGCUUGCCGCAGCAUCGGGAGCAGCUUUCCCGCACCUCCCGCCCCUUUCACACCAACUCCAGGUUUCCUCCGGCCGGUUUUCCCGCGAGGCGCGUGCGUGGCGGCGGCACCCGGGUGGGGGGGUUCCCGCUACGCGAUAACCGCCCGCUCCGGCGGCGGAGGUCACGCAGCCAGCGGCAGAGCCAAAGGGCUCGAGUGGGAAGGAGCAAGAGGAGCGAAGGAAUCCCUUGAAGCUUGCCCUGGGAAUGGACAGCUACCUCCAUUUCUGGAGGAGAGUAGUGCCAAUUGAAGAAACCUUCAAGGCAAGUCAACAAGUGCGCUGAUAACUCUUGGAAGAGUACAGGGAAGGGGUGACCUUCCAGGCCAACAGCCAUGCCUUUUGGGCUGAAACUGCGACGGACCAGACGCUACAACGUCUUGAGCAAGAACUGCUUUGUGACAAGGAUCCGUCUGCUGGACAGCAAUGUGAUCGAGUGCACCCUCUCUGUGGAGAGCACGGGGCAGGAGUGCUUGGAGGCUGUUGCUCAGAGGCUGGAAUUACGUGAGACACACUACUUCGGCCUUUCAUUUCUCAGCAAGAGCCAGCAAGCCCGCUGGGUUGAACUGGAAAAGCCUCUGAAGAAGCAGCUGGACAAAUUUGCCAAUGAGCCUUUGCUUUUCUUUGGGGUAAUGUUCUAUGUGCCCAGUGUUUCCCGACUGCAGCAGGAGGUAACAAGAUAUCAGUAUUACCUACAAGUGAAAAAAGAUGUUCUUGAUGGCCAAUUACUUUCUUCAUUUGAGCAGGGAAUUCGACUAGCUGGUUUGGCAGUGCAAGCGGAUUUUGGAGACUAUGAUCAGUUUGAAUCUCAUGAUUUCCUCCGAGAAUAUGUCUUAUUUCCCAUGGAUUGGACCCAGGAUGAAGCUGUCUUGGAGGAGCUGACUCAGAAGGUUGCUCAGGAGCACCGAACUCACAGUGGCAUUACAGCAGCGGAGGCUGAGCUAAUGUACAUCAAUGAAGUGGAACGCCUUGAUGGGUUUGGACAGGAAACUUUCCCUGUGAAGGAUAAUCAUGGAAAUGACAUACACCUCGGAAUUUUUUUCAUGGGAAUCUUCAUAAAAAACAGAAUUGGAAGGACAACUGUGAUUUAUAGGUGGAAUGACAUUGGAAAUAUAGCACAUAACAAGUCUUCGAUUGUUCUAGAGUUGAUCAAUAAAGAAGAGAAUGUGCUCUUUCACACAGAUGAUCUUGAAAAUGCCAAAUAUAUUUCACGGCUGUUUGCAGCAAGACACAAGUUUUACAAACAGAACAAAAUCUGCACAGAACAGUCAAGUUCUCCUCCCCCUAUCCGACGACGGCCCACUUGGAGUAGGUCAUCCUUGCCAAGACAACAUCCAUUUAUACUGCCUCCUAUGCAUGUCCAGUGUGGAGAACACUACACUGAAACACAUAAUUCACAAGAUAGCAUUUUCCAUGGAAAUGAAGAAACUUUCUACUGUAGAUCUCAGUCCAGUCUGGAUAGGUGUCCAGUGGACUUCAGCUACUUGAAUGGUAAUGGACCCAAUGGGAGUGUAUGCAGUGCCCAUAGCAUGAACUCCCUCAAUCGCUCACAGAACUUCAUCCAGGCAUCUCCCAUGUCUUCAAAUCUGAGCAUCCCUGGAAGUGACAUCAUGAGAGCAGAUUACAUCCCCAGCCACAGACAUAGUGCAAUUAUAGUACCAUCUUACCGGCCAACUCCAGAUUAUGAAACUGUCAUGAGGCAAAUGAAGAGAGGGGUGAUCCAGAUGGAUAGCCAAAGUCAGUCUUUGAGGAAUCUCAAUAUUGGAAACACACAUGCUUAUAACCAGCCAGAAGACCUGGUUUACAGUCAGCCUGAGAUGCGAGACAGACAUCCUUACACAAUUACAUACGGGCCCCAGGGCAGUGGCUAUAACAAGCCUGUUGCCCCAUCUGACCAAAUGAACCCUAAUAACACUGCUCAAAAUAAGACAGCAGCCAGUGCCAUAUCCCACACUGUCAGCACACCAGAACUGGCUAACAUGCAGCUGCAGAGCAGCCAGAGUUACAACACUGCUCACAUGUUAAAGAACUAUCUCUUCAGACCCCCACCUCCGUAUCCACGCCCACGUCCUGCCACUAGCACGCCGGACCUGGCAAGUCACCGGCACAAGUAUGUCAGUGGGAGCAGUCCUGACUUGGUCACUCGCAAAGUCCAGCUCUCAGUAAAGACCUUCCAAGAGGACAGCUCGCCGGUUGUCCGUCAGUCACUGCAGGAGGUCAGCGAGCCCCUCAUGGCAGUGAAGCAUCAUGCAGCUGUGAACAAGCGCCAUAGUUUGGAGGUUAUCAGCAAUAUGGUACGUGGUAUAGAAGCCAUGGCAUUAAAAACUUUAAAUGCUCCUCUGCCACGCAGGAACACUUUGCGGGAGCAGGUGCAGCCAGAGGAGUCAGUUCAGAUGGGGCAUGAAGUUCAGCAAGUUCCUCAUUAUCAUCACAAAAAGACAUUCUCUGAUGCCACGAUGCUGAUACACAGCAGUGAAAGUGAAGAGGAAGAAGAAACCUCAGAAUCUGUUUCACGGAUAACAGCCCUCCAUGAGAACAUGGAGUACAGUGCUCAGCUGCAAGCUGCCUUGGCUAGAAUACCAAAUAAACCUCCUCCAGAGUAUCCUGGGCCUCGUAAAAGUGUCAGCAAUGGAGCCCUGAGGCAGGACCAUGUUAGCAUUUCUGUGGCUGUAGCCAGGGCCAAGGCCAUGAGGCCAGGGCCUUCCAAAGCCAUUAGUGUUUCUCGAACUGAUCAAAUGGCAAUAAAUGGGUCUUCGCUUGGGCCCUCUAUCUCAGAGCCUGACCUCACGAGUGUGAAGGAGCGGGUCAAGAAAGAACCUGUCAAGGAAAGGCCUGUGUCUGAAAUGUUUUCUAUUGAGGACAGCAUUAUAGAAAGAGAAAUCAUGAUGAGGAAUCUAGAAAAGCAGAAGAUGGCAGGCCUGGAGGCCCAGAAGAGGCCCUUGAUGUUGGCAGCACUGAACGGACUCUCAGUUGCUAGGGUUCCGGUGCCGGAGGACAGCCAGGAUGAAGUCGCCAAGGUGCCAAUGGAUGAGAGGUGCAAAAUCUUGAAGAGGAAGUUGGAAGAGGGCAUGGUGUUUACAGAAUAUGAGCAGAUUCCAAAGAAAAAGGCAGAUGGGAUCUUCACCACUGCUGCCUUGCCUGAAAACACUGAGCGCAACCGUAUCAGGGAGGUCGUUCCUUAUGAAGAGAACCGAGUAGAGCUGGUACCGACCAAAGAAAAUAAUACAGGCUACAUCAAUGCGUCACAUAUAAAGGUUACUGUAGGUGGAGAGGAGUGGCACUACAUUGCUACCCAAGGGCCUCUGCCACACACAUGCCAUGACUUCUGGCAGAUGGUGUGGGAACAGGGGGUGAAUGUUAUAGCCAUGGUCACAGCUGAAGAGGAGGGAGGAAGAAGUAAAAGUCAUCGUUAUUGGCCUAAACUGGGCUCUAAGCACAGCUCAGCCACUUAUGGGAAGUUCAAGGUGACAACUAAGUUCCGCACAGACUCCGGCUGCUAUGCUACUACUGGUCUGAAGGUCAAGCAUCUUCUUUCUGGACAAGAGAGGACUGUGUGGCAUUUGCAGUAUACUGACUGGCCAGACCAUGGGUGUCCAGAGGAAGUCCAAGGCUUUUUAUCUUACCUGGAGGAGAUACAGUCCGUGCGUCGCCAUACCAACAGCGUGUUGGACAGCAGCAACAACUGCAACCCUCCUAUCGUGGUCCACUGCAGCGCCGGGGUAGGAAGGACCGGAGUGGUUAUCCUGACAGAACUGAUGAUUGGGUGCUUGGAGCAUAAUGAAAAAGUGGAUGUUCCUGUGAUGCUGAGACACCUGCGGGAGCAGAGAAUGUUUAUGAUCCAGACCAUAGCCCAGUACAAGUUUUCCUAUCAAGUGCUCAUCCAGUUCCUGCAAAACUCCAGACUUAUUUAAUCUUUUCAAGCAUCCCAGACCCAGCUUUGUGGAUCUGACUGAACCUUACUGAUGAACAAGUGGAACUGCCUUGACAACACUGUGUGCAUAUGUUGCGCUUUUUAAAGUUGUCUUGAAAGUAAGGAAUGAUUGUUCUUUAUUAGAGUCUCCCAUGGAUUAUUUUAUACGAGAUAUAAUUUAUUUUUCUUGGAAUAACUUGUGAAUUACUUUAAUAACUUGUAAAACUUAUAGUGACCUUCAAAUUGAACCACAUUUGACAUGACUGGUCUGCAUUGUAACAUAUCCGUAAGGAAAGCAAUCCUUUGUAAAGGUAGUUUACUGGCUUCUACUUUGUUACACAGUUUCUGAAAUGAACAGUUAUUUGGCAGUGGGCUUUUCUCACAUAAGAACAUUUUAGACCCAGAUAUGUGGCUUCCAUGGUAAAAACAAAGACCUGCUAGAUGUCAGCUCCAGCUCUGUACAAGUGGAAGCUUGAAGGAACACAGUUCUGGAGCAGGGAGAUCUGAGCCUCUGCACAUGCAGCAGGGCAUGUUACAGAGAGCUCACACACAGGCCGUUGUGAGGGCAGAGAGUUUUGGGUACUUAAACUGUUCAAAUUCCACAAGAAUUACAGUUUUAGAUUAGUCCUAGAAAAAGCAAUAUCGGAUCUUUUAAACAAGGACUUUGCUACUGUCUGCAAUCCUUGAAGGGAUUCGUAAGAGUUGUUGAAGCAGUACAGGGUGAAGUGCAGUGACCCAGAGCAGGCUGGUCAGUGAAUGAGUCUUUCUGGUAACUGGUGGACUGUGGGCUGAACGGUGGAGAAAUUUCAACUAAAUGCAGCUGAAAAAAACUCAAAUCAAGCACCAUCUCAUGAAUUACAUGGGAAGUUUUACUGCCUUGAGGCUCAUCUCCUGUAGAAAUGAAGUCUCAUUUAGGUUAGGCAUCUCCAGUUGCCUUAGUUUCACGAGUGAACUAUCAGCUUCUGCGCUGUAAUCCUUUUACUUUUCGAGUCAUUUGAACUUCGUCAAAAUGAUUGAUAUGGUCUUUCCUCUGUAUCUGAGAUCUCCAAACACUGACCCUUGAGAGCUUUAACUCAGCCUGCCUUAAUUCUUCCUCCAUCAAAGUCUUGUAGUUUAUGAACAUAUGGAGCAGUCUUCCUUUUGGUACUGGCAAACCUCACUUUGUUAGGGUGUUUUUUUGUAUUAAGUUGCACAGACCAUCUCUCUCCUCUGGUCACUUUGGAUUCUCCCUCCUAUUUAUUAUUACUAUUUUCUCCUGGUAGUGUUCAGGGAUUCCAGGGAUUAGGAGGAUGAUGUAUAAAUAAAUAAAGGAAAAAUGGUCCUUGCCUGAAGUUUACAAUUAGAACAGAAAAGGGAAACAAACCUCCUCUGCUGCAUAACUAGAUUUUUAACUGGCUUGCCCUAGGCCAACAGUAAAAUAUGUGACAGAGCUAAGAAAAAAUCCAUGUGUCCUCUAAGUAUCUCGGCAGUUAAACCUGUCCUCCUCUCUCUUCCUCACCCUCUGUCCCUCAGCAUUGGCUAGCUGUUUUGCACAACUUAGUCCAUAUCCCUCUUUCCAAACCAUUUCACUGGAGUAAAGCACGUUAUGAAUUGCCUCACAGUCUGUGCAUGGUAGCAUUUACUUACAAUUAUUUAGAAGCAAUACUAACUGUACUUUUAAAAAGAUUUUAAAAGGGGGGGGGGGAGCACUCUUUAGCACAUUGUGGUGGGACUCCCACACUGUUAUUUCUGGUGUAAGAAAUGGAAAGUUCCUGCACUGAUGUCGUUCCCCUCCUCACACUGACUCUUCUUGCCAUGUCUGCAUGCUGCCACCCUCCUGUAGGCUGUCCAGCACUGCUUCAUCUUGGCAGUCCUGUCGGGUCGCUAGAGAAUGGAUCAGGCUGAGAGGAGCCUUGGAGGCCUCUGGUCCCAGCACUGCUCACCCCACAGCUUAUCCAGGGUCAUAUCCAGUUUCAAAAAUCUCCAAGGGUGGAGAUUUCGUAGCCUCCUGGGACACGUGAUGCAAUGCAGUUACUCUGUCAUGGUGAAAUUAUCUUUCAUGGUAUCCCGUUCCUAGUUAAAUUAAUCUUGUAGUCCCAUCACUGCUUUUCUGUUGCACCCCCACCUCUGACCCCUGGUCAGUACACAAAGGCCUAUCUAUGCCUACAAGCACUCUCAGCUUCAACACUAAAGGGACCUACACAUCUACCUUUCCCUAAAAUCAGUGGGAGCUUAAGCUAAUGCUCUGUACCAGAACGUUUCUUAAAUGUAUUUAAAACUGCGCUGUGUCAAUUUGGUGCCCUGCAGUACAGGCUUGACAAGGUGACAAGGAUCCUGGUGGAGACUUCUAGCUACCAACAAAUGGUGAGGAGUUAUUUAGCUGUAAUAUCUUGACCAUGUUCGUUUUAGGGAUCAGUUAAGUUUUCAGUCAACUUCAGUUUUCCUCUAAUUUCUUCUGCCAGUGCCAACAUAUCUCUUGUUAAAUUAGCAGCAACCAUUUAAAGUCUUUUCAGCAGCAUCUGCAUGAUAAUUGCACUGAGAUGCUUUAUAUCUGGGAAACAAGCCAAGGAAUAAACCUUGAAGCAAAGUGUAUUAAAUUAGUUAUCUCGUUAUAACUUUUUGAAUAAUUUCCUAAUGAUGAAUUAAAUUUGAACUCAGGGCUGUCAAGUCCCAUUGCUCUACUUGGAUGUGAGAAGUAGAAAAUCAGGAGGGAGAAGAAUCUGUUCCUAUGUCGUCUUAUUCAGCUCUUCUCAGCUGAAAUGUAUGCUUCUGUUUCUACAGUAAGCACAGGAAAGUUAUCGCAUAAGAGAAUGUAAAGAGCUAUGCUUGAAAGGAAGAAAAUUAAGCACAUGUUUUUUCUGUAAAGAUGGAUCAUAGGUGUCUUAGAAAAAUAUUAAUUACAAAAUGGCACCAAAAAUCCUUUCCACAUUAAGUCAGUGCCUAUUAAUGAGCCAAGUAAGUGGCUAUGUAGUAAACAGUCAUUUCCAAUUAACUCCUAAUGUGGCUGGUAUGGUAGAUAGAGGCCAAUGUGACUCACUUUUUCCCUUUCAUUGUCAAAGAAUGGUAAUUUUAAACUUUUCCUUUCAUCUGACUUCAAUGUAUUCUUUCCUACUAGAUUUUAUCUUGCCUAGAUUUGCUAAUAUCAUAAGUGAACUGGGCUGGUGCAUGUCUUCAGAGGUUCUUUUCCAUCCCAGCUUGCAACCAAACCUCAGCAUGCCAAUGUUUUAUGAUUGAAAUGUGAUACAGUUUUGUAGGGGAAAAACUGAACCUUCUGACUUUGAACCUGUUGUAGUUUUAGCAGACUGAAAUUGCUUGGACAGUAUUUCCUAACCUUUAGGGAGUGACAGGAAAAUGCAUUUUGCAUCCAAUUUUAUUAGUCACAGCAGGAAUGAAUGCAUGAGACUUAAAGCAACAGUACUGUUUAGUUUGUCCCACAGAUUUUAAACAGCAGAAUCCUUAAGUAAAGGAGGAGGACAGUUUGGAGUUACUAUAUGUUGUGUUGCAUGGGUUUUUUUAACAUCAAAGCAUGACAGUGGGUAGGUUCUAAGAGACCUGUUUCAUUCAUCUGGGCUAAAGUCUGGAUUGAAAAUCUCACAAAGAUGCAUCAAUGGUCAAUGAACAGAGCUGCACCUUAAGAAGUCUGAGACAAGCAGUCUCCUCCCAAGGCACCCAUGUUGUUGUCUGGCAUGUUCGGCCAAUGCUUACUGACUUUCUAAGAGAGAACUUGGAGUGGAUGAGGAAGUCCAACUUGGGAAUCCAUUAUGUAUGUUUUCUUUUUUGUGCACUCUUCACCUGUAUUUUACACCUUUUUUUUUUUUUUCCCCUUUAAACUCAUACCAAUGAUAGAAUUGAGGUUGUUGGCAUCAAAUUUUUGGUUAAAUUUAUGGUCUGAACAUUUCAUGCCUAACAUUGUCCAAUCAGGGAUGGGAGAGAUGACAGCUGAGUUCUGACACUGCUCAGUGCUGUGGGCAUCCUGUUUCCUACCCAGGCUGCACUGGGUGAUGGUGGCAUUAGCUGCUCAGGUCCUACAUGUUCCAGCUCCUCCACAGGCUGCUUUGGCACCUCUUGUCCUUGAUUACCUGAGGAAAGGUGAAGCUUGUUCUACAAACUUUCUCCUCUAUAGGGACCCUAAAUGCUCAGCCCUAUUGGCAAUACCUUUUCCCUAAACUAGUUUCAGCUGACAGGAGACACAUCUGUGAGAACUUAAACCUAUUACUAAUGCAGUUCUUUUUAUAAAAGUAUACUGAAGGACAUUUCUGUUCCACUUAUUUAAAUCAGUUGCCUCAGCUACAAAUAUUAUUAAAUAUUUGCAUGAUUUCAAGACCUUCUUUUAAAAAUUACUUUCUUGUAAACAGAGAGAAAUGCAAGUGGCAAAACAUAGGUUGGAAAAGAGUCUCACUGCUUCUUCAAGAGAUGGUCAUUUUAAGCUAAUACAUUAUCUUUUUUCUCCAAUACCUGUUAUGUCUGUGUAGCCCACAAGCAACUCUAAAAUAAAUGCUGAUGGGCAACCUCAGAUAGAGCACACAAUUCUGUGGGGAAAAUUCAGCAGCUGCUGACUCUGUUGCAUUCUCAACAGCUGACUUCCCACCAGUCUCUGGGGCCGACAUGACAACUAAAUUAGCUCUUGUCAGUCUUGCUAACACUUUCUGAACUGUGUGCUCAGAAAAUGGAAGCACUGGUAUGGCUGAUAUCUGCUAUAGCAGCUCUCAUGCAUCAUUGAGAGGUCAGAAUUAAAUUUUGCUGCUUGUCUGCAUGGAAAAUAAUGCUUUACAGCCAGACAGCUAGAGUGGCACCCACUGCAUGACAUAAAAGACAUCGUAUUGAAGGAGCAAAUACCAGAAUUGACCUUGAAAGGGAAGCACUGCAUAAAAACAUCAUUUGGCCACCCCCUCUACAAAACUGGAUAUAAAUCAGCUGAUGUAUAGUCCAAAACAUAUGCAAUUUGGAGAUGGGUUUUGAUGCUAACAAGAGAAAGGUUGCAAGUUGAAAACCCCAAGGGCAAUUGUCUCCAGCUCAUUCUUAGCCUUCUAGAGAGAUUUUCUUGUAGAAUCUGGUGCUAUGGUAACUACAGAUGCCAUCUGAGGCUUUAGAGAGGAUGUUGUACAUGUAGCUGCAUGCAGUCUUGUCUUGCAGGGACUGUGACUUGAGGAAGGUAACAGCUGGCUGCUGGGCAAACACCACAAGAUGGAGGUCUUAACUAUAGAUAAACUAUUAGAUUGUGAAACAAAACAUUUAGUGCAUAGUGGUGUGUGUUUACUUUUAAUAUUUAUAUAACUUUGUCAGUGUUUUUGGAGCAUCUUAGACUACAAGUCCAUUGGUUCCUCUCAGCCAUUUUUUGGCUGGUGUUUCUUUGAAGUUUUGUUGCCUGUGCUUUAUGUGUACUCUCACUGAGAGCUUCCUACAGGCUACAACAGCAGGACUUUGCCUUUGGAAGGUGAACUGGAAGUCAGCUGUAAAAAAGCAGUUUUCACUGAGGAAUCCCAGCACAAUUUAACAGCAAGGGAAAGAUGGAUCCCUGCAAUGAAUACAGUUCCUAAUAGUUUUAGUCUUCCAACUCACCUGGGUAAGGACUCAGUGUUUUGGAUGCUCAGCUCCGGGUGUUUCAGGGGCAGUGUCCCCUGAUUAGGCAGGCAGGAAUAAAAGACAAAGGCUUCCCACAAGCUACUUCCAUGGCACCUGUCUUGGACAGUGGCUGGCAGUUGACACCUAAGGAAGAAUUAUGAAUGUGUCUGGAAGAGGGUGCUCAGCCCCUCUAGCCCACCUGGCAACCAGUCCUUUAGCGACUUCUGGAGGCAAAAGUUAUAUCCUGCUCACUGUGUUUAAUAACUACUGAUUCAUCUUCCAUGAAUUACAUUACCUUUUCUUUAGAACCCAUUUAUUCCUUUAGCCUUCACAAUGUCCUGUGGUGGUGAGUCCUACAAUUUAAUUAUGCGUUAUGUCUGUAAGAACUUCCUUUUUGUGUAUGUUAAAAAGAAGUACCUUUUUUGCUGCUAUUCAAUCUUUUUAAAAGAAAACAAAUCUUUAGUGCCAGAAAUGCUGUUAAUAGGGUGUUUAUCCUGUUGAGAUUGCUCCAUAUGGAAAAUGUGUUUUCCUUGUUCGUAAAGUACCUUUUUUUUUGGCUAUUUUACAAAGGAAGAAAGUUUACACAUGCAGAUGACUGUAAUAUUCCCAUGUAUAAUUGUGUGGGACAUGCAUUAAAUGAAAUAACAUGUCUAAGUAAGUUUUAUGUCACUGGAUUUUACUCUCCUGUUUUACUUCAGUAUUUUGAUGCUUCCUGUUUUAUUUGUUCUGUAAUUCUGUACACAACAGUUUAGCACAAAACAGUGAUCUGAAUCUCACAACCUCAUUGUAUGUACACAUUUUAUAGAGACAUGAGACAUCAGUUAUAUGCUCUUCCUGCUCCCUGCUCCCUCCUGUUAGGGCUGAAUGGCAAAACUACUCUAUGCUAUUGAAAGCCUUUACAAAAAAAAAAAAAAAAAUCUAUGCAUGCUAUUUUAUAUUCUAAUGUAUUAUUCAUAUCAGUACAUAAGCUUAUGCUUGUCAGUUUUAUCUUGUGUAUAGAACUGAUUACUUUUGACAGUAUUUUUGCACUGUUUCUUUUCUUUCUCUUUUUAUAAAAUUCUAUUCAGCAUUAAUUGACUGCAAUAAUUUUUUACCCCUUUCACUGCCUUUGUGUAAAUAGUUUCUUAUAUGCUUUUGCAAAUAUGAGAAUGUCUUCAGUCACUAAGGUUUUUUUUUGGUAAGGCUGUCCUUCAUAUUCACAGUAUACAAUAAACCAUUUUUUUUCAAGGAAAACUAUGCUUGUGUGUUUUCCUCUACCAGCUUCAUGUUUUGUAUUUACACCUACUGUGCUGGUGUUAAUUUCCUGUGUUAAACUGACAGGUAGAGCCAGGGCCACAGUUGUGUAAACAGUAGUCCAGGUUCACAUGAACAAGGUUCCUAUCACUGCUCAGGCUAGGCUAAUCCUGCUCCUUAGUGCUGAAAUAGAGUCUGGGCUCUGGACAGAUUGUCUGAAAUGAAGGUGCUGUUUCCCUGGACAAGAGUUUAAUGACAAGAUAAGGUCAGUUGGUGCCUUCAUGCUAGGCUGGGCUGUAGUUAAGGGGCCCUGGCUUUCUGGAAUCUUGAGAUCUGGUGCAGUUUUAUGUAUUCCAGCAACAACUGCCAGUUAGAGAGCAAUGAAAGCUUUCAGCAAAAUGAGCUGACAAACCCUUGUUCUCUAGCAGUUUUAUUUCCAGAGCAGUGCUUACAAGAAAAAAAUAUAUGAUUAAGUUCUUAAUGCUGAUGUGUCCUCUUUCCACUCUCAUCCUACUUUAUAAGCAGUGGAAGCAGUAAGGAAUGGUCAUGCAGUUUUAUUGUGCAAUGUAUUUUAACUUCAGUGCUGGAAUUACACAGCCACACUCUCUUCUCUUCCUUCCCCAUCCUUAAAAGCAAUCUCCUACCAUUGAUCUAAAUGGAGAAAAAAA